GCCACCCUCCUCCUUGUUUAAGGUAUAAAUAGCGCGCGCGCUGUGCGGCUUUCUGUUCCAUGUCGCUCCGCGCGCAUAAACCCGGUUUAAUCUCCAGAACCGAACCGGUUCGGACUCAGGGUGAGGGUGGAUCGGCCCCCCGGGGGAGCGAAUGAAGAAACACAUUUUGCUCAUCUUCACAUACCGAGGAGUCCUCAGGAAAGGGAAGAAAAAUAAAAAGAGAAAAUGGCCAGUUUCCUGCUGCGGAAAGCGGAGCGCGGGGACGUGGCGGACUUACUGCGACUCAUAAAGGAACUUGCCCAGUACGAGCAGAUGGAGGAGCAGGUCAUUCUGACUGAGAAAGAUUUGCUGGAGGAUGGUUUCGGGGAUCAUCCUUUCUAUCAGUGUGUCAUCGCCGAAGUGCCGAGAGAGCAGCAGAGCGCCAGCGGUCACACGGUGGUCGGCUUCGCCAUGUACUAUUUCACCUACGACCCCUGGAUCGGGAAGCUGCUCUACCUGGAAGACUUUUAUGUCAUGAAGGAAUUCAGAGGUUUUGGAAUUGGGUCAGAAAUCCUGAAGUUCCUGAGCCAUGUAGCAGUGAAGUCUCGCUGCAGCAGUUUGCACUUCAUCGUGGCCGAGGGGAACAAAGCAUCCAUUGAGUUUUAUAAACGACGCGGUGCCAGAGAUCUCUCACUCCAGGAGGGCUGGAGACUGUUCCAUAUCAGCAAGGAGAAUCUGAUCAAAAUGAUGUCUGAGGCGUGACAAGGGAAAGAAAACACACUUAUAUUCAUUUAACUCAUAUAUUCAUACAAUGAAAUCUGAACUGAAUCUGGAGUAAAACGAUGAUGAUGCACUGAACAUGCAUUCUAACAGUAUAUGAACUUGUGUUCAUAGUUUUUCGUUGUACUUUUAUAAAAUUCACUCUUGAUGAUGCCAUAACUGAUGAAAUAAAUAAAAGUGACAUGA